GCCAGUUCACUAACAGGGUCUGUGCAUGUGGUUUUGGUUUUUUUAGCGGUAGACAAGAGCUGGGUGCCCGAUCAGUACCACAAGAGAGGUUACUGUCAACUCGGUUUCUCCGGAGUCUUCAGUAAUGUGCCUGGGGGUAUCACCGACAAGGUUUCUGUCAGGCUGGCCUCAGUGCAGCCCUGUCACAAGGUGGCCAAAAAUUGAUGAUUGCUGCCAUUGGAAGUUGGUACUGGCAAGGUCAGUUGUUUAACUAUCAGAUUUCGGACAGGAAGUAUACAGCAACCCAUGAGGGUGAACCCACUGAAGAUGAUAGCUACAUGGGGUACUCAAGUGCAGUUGGUGACUUUGAUGGAGAUGGAGUGGAGGAUUAUGUUGUUGGAAUACCGAAAGGAGAACAGCAUUUAGGAAAGGUGGCUGUUUUUAACCAGAAUAUGUCCAAUCUGAUGAAUAUAACAGGAGAACAGGUUGGAGCUUAUUUUGGUCACACUCUGGCUGUGACUGACCUGGAUGGAGAUCAGCUGGAUGACAUCAUCAUCGGGGCACCACUGUACUCUGACUUCAAGUCUCACAUGUCGUACGAGACAGGCAGAGUCUACAUAUACUACCAGACCACACAGCACACUUUUAAAGCACAGAGAAAAGACAUUUUGGAUGGCCAAGGCAGUAAAGCCAGAUUUGGUCUUGCAAUCACUGGUCUUGGUGACAUAAACAAAGAUGGCUUUAAUGAUCUAGGGGUGGGUGCUCCGUAUGCAGGUGAGGAUGGCCGUGGAGCGGUCUACAUUUACCAUGGCACUCGUAAAGGAAUCAUCACUCAAGUAUCUCAGAUCAUUUAUGCCAAACAAAUGGACUCCAGCUUAUCUACGUUUGGCUACUCGCUGUCUGGAGGCCAGGAUCAGGAUGGCAACACCUAUCCAGAUAUUCUGGUUGGCGCGUAUGAGUCUGACAAGGCUGUGUUUCUGCGGACCCGUCCCGUGGUGCGUGUCACUGCCAGCUUGAAGAUCGACCCAGACAUGAUCAACCUCGACACCAAGUCCUGUACCCUCAUCGACGACACCAGGAUCACUUGUUUCACAGUAUACACGUGUUUAGAAUACAGUGGUAUUGGGGUGCCUGAGGAACUUUUUUUUGACGUGAACUGGGAGCUGGACGUGCUGCAGAGGAACCGGACGCGUGAAGAGCAGCGCGCAUACUACCUGCCCACCGAGGACGUGCUGACCGAGGCAAACACCAUCAAACUGACACGCAAGGCCACCUGGUGCACCUCAUCAUUUGCAUACAUUAAAAAUGAUCUACGAGACAAGCUGACACCAAUUGCUGUGGACUUCAAGUUUAAACUAAAGUCAGACGAGAAGAAGAAACGUAGACGAAGAAGAAAUUUGGUACCAAUCCUCGACCAAUACAUUCCAACUAAUGUCCAAACUGAGGCUCAAAUACUGAAGCAUUGUGGGAGAGAUAAUAUAUGUAUUCCGGAUUUAGUUCUUAAUUCAUUCAGGAUAUCAGCAGCUCACAUCAUUGGUGACAGAACUGAACUAGAAAUUCUGAUAAUGAUCGAGAAUCGCGGGGAAGACGCAUACAACACUCAGCUGUGGAUCAACCUACCACCUGGUGUCAGCUAUAAAAAUGCUGAUGCUAUUCAGGCGGUUCAGGAAGCACCAGUCAGCUGCAGGGCAUUUUUCACCAAGGAGGCCAUGGUUCUGUGUGACCUAGGCAACCCUCUGCCUAGUCGUGCCAAGACUAAUUUUACUUUGAGGGUGGCACCUAAAGAUGUAAAUGGAACAAAAGAUGACCUGGAAUUUGCUUUGCAUGUUAACAGCUCGAACCCAGAAAUCCUGAAAACGACCAUCAACAACUUUGCUGCAGUCACCAUACCUGUAACGGCCACAGCUAAAAUCAACAUCAAUGGAAAGACAGACCCAGAACAAAUCAAUAUUAAUACAACAAAAGCAAAAGCUAAUCGAAUUCUGAAGAGAGUAGUAGAACAUGUAUAUGAGCUUCGGAACUAUGGGAAAAGUGCUACAGAGACAACUGCUUUAGAAAUCUACUGGCCCAGCCAUGACAGUGAUUACAAUCCUAUUUUCCCAAUAAUUGGUCAGCCAUUAAUAACAGAAGGCGUUGGAACAUGCAAGACCGUGUUUGUGACACCCGAUAAUAACACGGGAUUUCAGUAUGGUCCAUAUUCCGAUAACAGUGUAGAUGUGAUUUUACAAAACCAGAGGCUGAAGCGAGCAGCAGAAAGAAAUGUACAGCAUCGUCUGGUCUGUUCUGACUGGUGCACUGUUAUUCAGUGCUUGGUGGGCUACAUGAAGGCGAACGACAAUUUCCUCAUUAAAAUACGAGCUGAACUGAAUGUUCCAAUAUUUUUACAGAAAGAGAUUGAUCAGAUGCAUCUCACGUCCCAGGCCUAUGCCCGAGUUUUGUCCAUGCCUUACAAGUUGAAGAAUAUUGAUCCAAAUGCUUUUGAUUACGAUACUCAACAAGUCACAACAGAGGUCACAGCAGACAGACCCGACUCGGGGUCACGACCUAUAGAGAUCUGGAUCAUCGCCAUCUCGGUAUCAGCGGGUCUUCUGGUUCUACUCUUAAUAGUCAUCCUGCUGUGGUGGUGUGGAUUUUUCAAACGUUGGCAGCCAGAGGAUGAAGGAUACAUGAUUGCUAAUGGUGGCACAUCAAAGAUGGAUGUUGACAACAAAAUGUGGGAGUGAGUCAAGAACAUUCACUGGAUAUGUUUCAAGAAGCACCUCAUCAUAGCCAUAACAACAUUUGCCAUUCAUUUGUGUGGGGGAAAAACAUGGAUUCAUACUUUUAAUAUUAAAUUUGUUCAUGAAUGGAUGUGUGAUAGUCAAAUGGAGAUAUAAAUAUGAUUAGGCAGAAUGGGCAAUCAAUUUAGAUCAAAUCAUAGUAAGAGUUAUUGCCCUCUAAGCCCAAUAAUACAAAAUAAUCGGGCUUUACAUGGCUAAAUUUCCGAUUUUCAUUGGCACUUUCAAAAGACAUUUAUGCCAAAUAUUUUUUUAACAGUGGUAUCACUGAUGAUUGAAAUUUGAAUAUAACAGGCAUCAAAUACCUUUAAAAUGAUACCACUUGGUAUACUCUUAUCUACAAAAUAUAUAAUAGCCUGGUUCCAGAUACCACUUGGUAUACUCUUAUCUACAAAAUAUAUAAUAGCCUAGUUCCAGAUACCACUUGGUAUACUCUUAUCUACAAAAUAUAUAAUAGCCUGGUUCCAGAUACCACUUGGUGUACUCUUAUCUACAAAAUAUAUAAUAGCCUGGUUCCAGAUACCACUUGGUGUACUCUUAUCUACAAAAUAUAUAAUAGCCUGGUUCCAGAUACCACUUGGUGUUGUGUAUUUCUUGUAUGUUGUACUCUACUGCAUGCCUUCGGAAUGGUAUUUGUCACAAAAAAGAAUACUUGUUUUUCUAUGCAAUUAAUACCACUGUGCUUUCACACUUUGAGAACUGCAAUAUUCUUGGUGCCAAACUGUUUCAUGUUUUAAUUUAUUGUGAUUCAUUUGUAGUAGACUUUGAGAAUCAUAGAGACAAGCUAUUUUGUUACUAUUAUUUUCAUAACAUUUAGACAUGUUUGCCUGACUGUUGACCGACAGGCAUAUGCUGGAUAACAGUAACAGGUUGUGUUGUCUUUACAGCAGACAUUUUGGUAGACUGGUGUGUGUAACAAUGUCUCAGAUUGUAACUUUAAACAUCAGUGAUGACAAUCAGGGCUCACACUGGAACAUAUUUUGAAUUAACCAAUUUUUAGAUAUAUAAAGUAUUUCCUUCAAAAUUAUUAAAAUGUUAAUUUAAGGAAUAUUUUAUUAGUCCAAUACUAAAUGUUGUAGUCACUAUGUAUAAACAUUAGCAUUUGGCUAAUUUGACAAUAUACAGGGUGAGCCCUGUAGCCCCCCGUGCUUAUAAAACUUUUAGAAUUCAGACUCAGUCUCUAAUGACGUCACACACAUACAAUUUGUAUGGUGUGGCCAUGACGUCUAAGACUCCAUUAGAGUCUCGAGUCAAGACUAAAAGUUUUAUAAGCAGCAGACAUGGCCAUUAAAAAUAGAAAAGCAAGUGAAUAAGAAAUUAUAGCUGGCUGUUACUGUCUGCUAUGAAUCUCAUGUGACAUAAUGAGGCUGAUAUUGAAGCCAAGAAGAUGUACUUGGUUUAUGUUAAAUAUUGAUGGUAUAUGUUACAAAGCAGCCAGAAACUAGCUUUCAACUGCAUAUUGCAGGCUUAUCAACAUGCACAAAUUAGAUUGUCAAAAUAGCAACAUCUCAUCAGAUAAUAUUUAUUCUUUGUAAAAAAAAUUACUUGAUAAACAUUUUUUAAAUAAAUGGCAAAAAAUUGCUUUAUUUGUUUAUGGCAUUUCUAAAACUAGGCCUUAGCUAAAACUUCACAUUAUUGUGAACUCAGAAUGUGUUCCAUUCCAUUGUGAAGAUCUCUUUGAAACAUACGUAUUCUUGUUGUCAUGGUUUUACGAUGACAUCAUGACAUUCAUGUCAAUUGCAUUAAUAUUUUUUGAGAUGUGUCUAAUUGCGAAGCCCUAGUAUUUUUAUUUAUCAGGCAUUGAAAAAAUAUAAACACACUGAUGCAGAGGGCCAACUUCAAAAUGGACCAAAUGAGUCUUCUGAAGCAGUUGAGAAAGGAACUUUUGGGAUCAUGAGCCCGAGUCGUUUCUUAUGACAGUCUCAGAACAAUUUUAGUUUUAACACUCGUCUCAUAAAUUGUAUAGGAAAUACUGCUUUGUUUCUUUCUCUGCAAUCUCUGUUUUCUAAAAACUAGUGAUGGAUCCAAGAUUUUGAUAGAUGGGUGUAUAAAUCUUUUUCUAAAUAUUUAGAAAGGGCCAUAAAAUUAGAAUGAAAAGUUUGAUGGAUCUCUUUUUGGGGGGGAAUGGGUGUGUGUAUAGAUGUACUGAGAUGACAUGUUUUCUAUAUUUUUCUUUGAGAGAUGAUAUUGCCUAAAUAAUGAUUGAUAGUUGGAUGAUUACAAUGUCACUGUGUAGUUUGGGGGUCACUCCCACUUAUUAACCACCUGUUGAUAGCAAAUUAAGUGGGAAAACAAGAAACGUGAUCUUUUACACUUUUCAAUGACACACAUUUAUGUACUCUUUCUUAUUCUGUGGAGAUGCAUAGCAUCACAUACAAGCUGUACCUGUGCCUAAUAACGUUUGAAGAUUCCUUUGGUCUUUUACAAUUUGAUUUAAAUACUCUUUAUUAAUUAGUGAAAAUUUGUUUUGUGGUUCACUGCCAAUUUUCAAGUAAAACCGUCAGUUGAUUUAUUGCUUUUAAUACAAAGUUUAUAUUAAUAUGCAUAGUCAAGCAUGUUAAGCAGUCAGUAAAAUGACUAUAACAAUUACCUAAGACAUGAUUGUUUAUUUCAGUUAAAGCUGUAUUACAGUAGAUGUUUUAGGAGUGUAAUAAGGUGGCCUUAAAACAGCUGCUCAAAACAUCUACAUACUUUAAUGGGUUUGAUUACAGGUUUUUUUUGUUAUUAAGUUAAACAUAAAGACAUUGUUGUUUGUUUAUUAUUUUUUAAAUGUCUCAAGUCUGAAUUUAAGCAAUAGUCCUGUUGUGAAAAUAAUGUUAGAAGUUGUUGUGCCAUUAUAAAUAUUUAACAAUUGUACAUAUUAACAUGUAACUCAUUUUUUGAUUACAUAUAUCAUAUCACUUAUAUAAAUGUCAUAUCAUUUCACUACCAUUUAUCAUAUAGUCAUUGUGAUGUAUUCAUAUAGGCUUAAUUUAAGGUAUCAUUGUAAUGUUUGUAUUUUUUGUUGAGUUGUCAUGUUUAGGAGUAAGAAUCUUCAUUUAAAUGAUUAACAUUAGAAUAGAUUUGUCUCAUGUUUUAGAUGAGCUAGAUAUUAUGGCAUGUAUUUGAAUAUUUUAUACACAUUCAAGCAUAUAAGAAGCAACAGAAGUUCCAUUAUUACAUGAGGCCAUCAUAUUUAUGGUUUAUUGAAGUGAACUCACAAACGUAAAGUUAUAAUCUUUUUGUUUUUUAUUAAUAAAUGUUCAACAAUUUGGUAUCAAUCAAUUGUGAAUGAUCAGACCUUAUGUUCAGUCUGUUAAAAGAUUUAAAUAUCUAGUUCUUGUCCCUAUAAUAUUACUGUUUUUUGUUUGUACAAAAGGGAUACUAACUUUAAAAUAAUGACUGAUCUUGUCACAUGUUAUUUUAUUCUAGAAAAUCUUUACUGCUUUAGAGUUAAGAUAAAAUAACUGUUUGCUGGUUGAGGAUUCAACUUAGUGUCUUUUGUAUUCUAUUACUAUUAAAGAAUGCACUCAUUGGUUGUUUAAAUUGCUACAGACAAAAUCUUUAAGCAGGAUUUUGACGGAUUCAUCAACUGUUUGCCUUUUUAUAUCCAUUAAUAAUAAGAACAAAACUUACGUGUAUGUAUAACAAAGUAAUUGUAUAAAAUCCAAAAGUGCCUUAAUUUUGCAGCAGUUGUGAUGUAAAUAGUUUGUUAUAAUUAGAUAUCACUGACAAGGCAAUUUUUGUCUUAUUAACAUUUAUGAUAUAUUAUAUAUGCAUAAUAUGAAAGUGUACAUUUUAUAAACAAUAUAUAAACAUGGUGUGGACUGGACAUAACAUAUAUGUACGCUAUACAUUUUAGCAUUUGUCUUGUUAUUUGUACUUGCUUAGUUUAUGAAUGUUUAACAAUACAAUAUACAGGGGGUUUGUACAUUUUUGAAUUCUAGAAAGUUCUUGAAAGUUUAUGAUAUUUCAGCUUCAGUUCUGGCUUCAUGCUUGCAAUAUGGAGACUUUGAUAGUCUGACAUUUGGAUUUUAAAGUUUUAUAAGCAUAGAUUUGUUCUUUAUGAACCUUGUUAAUUGUUUAGUCUAAUUUAACCUGAUACCAAGGCUGUCUUUAGUAUUUGUUUGACCUAAUUUUUAUUGCCAUAAAUGUAUAAGAACUUUUAACUUGAUUAGGGUAAGAACCAAAAAGACAUGUGCAAAUUGUGUAAAUCGGCAAAGCCAUUUACACAAACUUGCCAUGUUUUUUUGUGUUCAUAUGCCAAUGAACCUAAACAAAUUAACAGACAAUCCAUAUAAUUUUAAAUACUUUUAUUAACAAAAGCACAAAAAGAUCAUAUUUAAUUCUUUAGAAAAUAACACUCAGUAAAGUACCAAUAUAAAGUGGCAUCAUCAAAUGUGACUUUCCCUGAGAAAUAAACCAAUUUGCCUUGCUAUUGCUGGACCAAUAGGAUGCCUUUAAACUGUAACCAUUAUAGUGGAAAUUUAAUUAUGGUUAUUUGUUCUGAAUUGUGUUGAUUUGCAGUAAAGGCUGUGUACAUGCAUCUGUGGGAUUAUCCAAGUUAUACAUAACAGUCAUACUAUUGUACUGGUCUUGAAUCAAGUUAACAUGAUGUUGUUUUCGAGUUAAUAGAUGUUACAUGUAUGUCAACAUUUCCCUGUCAAUACAGUCCGACCGUGACAUUGGUCAGUGUGUACACUGUUAGGUGAUUGGAGAGUAUUGUAUGGUGACCCCUUUAGACAAUAGAGGUGGCCCCAUAACACAAUAGAGGUGGCCCCUUAACACAAUAGAGGUGGCCCCUUAACACUAUAGAGGUGGCCCCUUAACACGUUAGAGGUGGCCCCUUAACACAAUAGAGGUGACCCCUUUAGACAAUAGAGGUGGCCCCUUGGAGCAGGUUAUUUACUGCUGCAUGUUAGUUAAUUAUGUCCAGUUCUACAAGUAAUUUAAUAUUUAUAUUCUUGUUUUGCUUUCAAGCAGUGUAGAACGUAGAGUUCAGGAAUCUGUCUAUGUUGUGAAAUAAACAACACAUUCUGUUAAAUUUUGUUCUUAAUUUAAAAGACUAACAAGGAAGGAAAUGUUUUAUUUAACGACAAUUUAAAAACACUAAUGUGUCACACUACAAGAUUUCAGACUUUUGGGUUAUUGUUUUGUUUUGUUUUUUUCUUUAUUUUGUUUUUUAAGUGAGCAAACCUUAUUCUUAAUUUUAAAAUUAACUUUAAACAUUGUCAAAAAUUAUGAUCGAUAUGAUUAAAACUGAACAGUGCUAUCAUUAUGACACUGAUAUGUUUCAGAUUAAUAAAUCAUCAUUUUGUUUCAAACAACAAUUCUUUCAUUCUUGGACAGAUUCCUAAGAAUGGUACACAAACUUGGGUGUCAGAAUUGGGUGGGGGCAGGGGAAGAACUUACCUCCAACUAUGAAGCUGCAUGGCCCAGAGUUGACAAGUGAAUCAAUAAUUUCACCCCCACCCCCUAUUACUGGCAUGCUCCAACACCCAUUCUGUAAGAUGUAAAAAUUGCUUUGAGUGUCUGUGAUUGGAGUGGAUGAAUGUGUGAUCGUAUGUUAUUUUAUACAUAGCAUUAAACAUGUACAAGCUAUUUAUUGGUCGGCGUGUGUUGUAUGUUUGAUGUUUUUAAACAUGUAAUGGGGCGAGUUGUAGUCGGCUGUUGAUCUCCUAACACCAGGUUCGUCUCCAUGUCUUCAUUAUACAUUUAUUGUAUAUUGCAUAAUUUUCGUAUUGCUUUUAUAAGAGUUUUGCUUUCUCUUCAUUAAUAACAAAUAUAUUAAUUUGUAUAAUAUAUACAUUGUGUUUACUGUACGGUAAUGAUUUAUAGAGUAAUUUGGGUUUCUGUUUUGUUUUGGGAUUUUAAAAAGUUUUUUGAAUUUAAUAAAGUUUGUUUAUUAUGUUACUCAGAUAUAACCAAAUAUAACUGAAAAAAGACAAUCUAAUAAUCAUUUUGUUUGAUAUACUAGUAUGCAAUAGGCUUUAUUAUUACAUUUUGAUAUAAAGUUUAUUGGGUGAGGCUUAAAUACUAUUUAGAAACAAAAAAUAUCAUUAAACAACUGUAGCUUGUUAGGAGGGUGAGCAAUUGCAGCCGCUCAUGAUUAUGUCAAGUUGGUAUGAGUUUCUUAUCAUGGAUCAGAACCAGCUUUCAUUGUCAAAUGGCGUGGUUUUCAGAGACUGGUAUCAGGUUCUUAGCAAGUAUCAGAACCAGAUUUCAGUGUCAAGUGGCGUGGUAUUCAGAGACUGGUAUCGGGUUCUUAUCACGUAUCGGAACCAGAUUUCAGUGUCAAGUGGGGUGGUAUUCAGAGACUGGUAUCAGGUUCUUAUCACGGAUCAGAAUCAGCCUUUCUCAACACACUACAGCUUUCAGUGUCAAGUGGCGUGGUAUUCAGAGACUGGUAUCAGGUUCUUAACAAGUAUCAGAACCAGAUUUCAGUGUCAAGUGGCGUGGUAUUCAGAGACUGGUAUCAGGUUCUUAUCACGUAUCAGAACCAGAUUUCAGUAUCAGGUGGCGUGGUAUUCAGAGACUGGUAUCAGGUUCUUAUCAUAUAUCAGAACCAGGUUAAUACAGCUGAAGAAGCACUGAUCUAAAAAGGUCUAGUAUACCAGUACUAGAUUUUAGAAUAAUUUUUUUUGAUUUAGCAUUCAGCCUCAUUCAUUAAAAUAGAACAAAUCUGGCUUCAUUCAUUUAAAAAUCUGGAUAUCAUUGAGUGAAUUAUUAACUGCAUGAUGAUUAUAAAUAAACCUAUUAAAAACAAUAAAUAUUAACUAUAGUUAUGCAUUGCUUUGCUGAAAGAUAAUUAAAUUAAUGAUUUCUUGUAUAACUGGUGCUAUUAUGAUGCAGUGUUAGUUAUCCCCAAACUGCCAAAAUGAAACCAUAAUGUGCAUUUGACUUUAUUUUUUAUAUCUAACAUUGUUUCCAUAAUAAUUAAUGAAAAAUGAUACAAAGUUUAAUGGAUUACAUUAAUUUAAGCUUAUUAAACUUAAAGCUCAUUGGACAAGAGUAUGAAUGCUUCCAUAUUUUUUGGUUUUUAACAUCUGUGUUCCAUGUUUGUCUGAAAAAAGGAUGAACUAAAUUUACAUUUAUGGUUUUUUUUUUAAAUUUAACUUUUGAUGCCACGAAAAUGUUUACACUCUGACCACACAUUUUUCGGGCAUAUACUACAAAAGUUCAAAGUUCAAGAUUUAAAACUUGCAUGUAAGCAAAUAAACAAGUGUGAGCUUUUUAAAACAAAUUAUAUUGAAUUCUUAAAUGUAGUAAAUAGGCCUAAUUGCUCUCGUUCUACUUGCUCUCGUUCUACUGAUACUGAUGGAGGUUUCUUCUUUCAAGUUUAACCUUAAAAAAACAACAUCACCACUUUGCUUAGGGUUAUUAAUCAUUUACAUGAAUUGAUAUGCAUUUUCAUUGACUGUUGAAAUGUUUUAUGUAUUCUAAGUACAAAUGUGAAUAAACUAUUAAAACUU